AUGGCGAAGCUGUUUGACAACAGCUACGCCCUUAAUUUAGUGGAGAAUUCAGCAAGGAGCACGGCUUCCCCUUCUAUGCCUUCCGAUACUGAACAUCAGUACGGGGCUCUGCACGUGGGAGAAAUGAAAUACCGAAAGUCCAUGGACGAGAAGCAUGGCCUUUUGCGUAAGAAACAGCCUGGGGCCGCAGACCUCACCAACACAGUCGAUCUGAACGCCGCCAUUGCUCGACGCUAUCCGCCAAGCGCAACAGCUGCACCGGCUGAACCUGCUGCCAGUAUAGAAGUCAUGCCUGCAGAGGUGCCUGCAGAGGUUUCUACAAGCCUCGAUGAUACCGUGGCCACCGUUGUAAGCGUUGAAACCGUCGUCUUCGCAGAAGCCUCCGCCGCUGUCGAAGCUGCGUCUGCAGGGCCGAACAACCCGCCUGUUCCCACCGUUCCAUCCGUUCCGGCCUUCCCCACCAAUCUGACAGUCCCUGCCGUACCAACCGCUACCUGGGAAUCCAUUCCGGUCGUGGUCGACUAUCCUUUCCCGCCGUCUUCCGCGCCCGAAUCGCCAACAGGGUCGCCAACAGAAGCGCCUACCGAGCCAGUGGCAGAACAGGCAACGCCUACCACUACCCUCCAACCAUCGCUAGCAUCUUUGCAACCCAGCUCGCAGCUCAUCAUGCAGUCCCCUCCGGCAACGCCUUUACCAUCGGAAACCACAUUCGCUUCUAGUUUAGACAGUAGCACCACCUCGGCCGCGUCGACCGCUCUCUCCGGUAGUGACCCUGUUGUCUCGGCUGCAGCCAGACCGACAGUUUCAUCUGCGCUGUCUCAAGGCGGAUCCCUCCUCUCUGGGACAACACUCCGCACGACUGCUACAGCCUCUGUGCGCUCGUCGCCCGGGUCGUUGUCAUCCGGGUCAGCGAACCCGACAAUCUCUGUCCAAGCAGCAUCUGCAUCUUCCGGCCGAUCUAGCCUGUUCACAAGUGCCGGCACUGUAUAUGUGGUUUCAGUCAACGCGAACUCUCGCAUCACACAGACGCUACCAGCCUCAGCCAUACCAUCUGUAUCACUAUCACCGUCAGCGGACCCCUCGUCCCCUACGGAAAUCGUUUCAGACUCGGCCACCACCUCUGCCGACGAAGCCUCCGCGACAGAUGCUUCCGGGACCGCCUCUUUCAUGGCUUCAGACCCCGCCGUCGCAACCGGCACACCCGUCGUUGGACUCCCAGGCGCACCCGGCGAACCCGGCGCGGCUCCCUCAGCAACGGCAUCAGCCUCAUCCUCAGCAGAGUCCAGCAACAACAGCGACUCCGGCGAAUCCCCAGCCGUCCCCACGCGCACCGUCGUGGGUGGUGUCGUAGGCGGCAUCGCCGGCAUGGCCGUCCUUCUCCUCAUCCUCCUCAUGAUACUGAAGUGGUACCGACGCCGGCGCGGCGCGCCCUUGCGCCUCCCCGACCACUCCACGCCCUCCGCCGACCCCUUCUCCGACGACGCGCACCCAAUGGAGGAGCGGCAAAGGGGUAGUGUCCUCCCCGUUGCAGCCGCCGGCUUCAUGAGGAAGAUUUCCGGUGGGACCCCGCCCCCUAGUGCCGCGGCGCCGGAGCGCGGCUUCCAGCGCAUAUCGGGCCGCAAGCUCCCUUCGGCACAUAGUCCGGGCAUGACUUCCGCCGACGUCCCUGCUCCGCUUCACAGCCCUGCGGCGCUGUCUGACAGCUCGUUCUACCGCGAUAGCCAGGGCUUCUACGGCGGUCCUGGAACUGCGCCUGUCGCUGCUGCUGCUGCUGCGGGGCCUUCCCGAGGCGUCGAGGAGAAAGACUUCGAGAAAGCGGCGCUGGACAAGGAGACCAUUAUGCCGAGUCCGGCGCGCACGCCGGUGGUGACCCAGAGCGCGGUGCAGCGCAGCUCGAGCUUCCUGACGCAGGAUACGCGGAGUCCGCCAAGCAGUGGGCCACGCAGCGAUGGCAGGCCGGAUACGGGACUUACGGUGCUGAGUACGGUCUCUCAGGGCGGGAGUCGGAGCUCGAAGUUUGUCGAGGAGGAUAAGUGGGGGCUGUGA